UCAACCUGAUAGAGAUGUUGAAGGCAAGUCAUGAUCAGAACUUGUUGGCUGACAGAUCACCUGCUGGGCCUACUGCUCACAUCCACUCUGGCAUUCUACAAGUAAGGGCUCGUGACUAUGAUGACCCUCCUGGCUUGAUGGAAAAGACUGACUUCCUACUGAGAGAAUGGGUGACAAUUUACAACUCCACAUCCGGCAGUAAGGACCCAAGCAAGGCUUUCAGCAUGUUCGUUCACCAGAUGAACUGUCACGGUAUACUGAAGACUGACGAUUAUAUUACAAGAUUCUUCCGCCUGAGCACUCAGAUGGUGGUGGAGCUGUGUUACCAGAAUAUUCCUCAGUCCGGCCAGACAACUGUCCGCAACAAGAUCUUCCACACCAUUGAUGCCUACGUCAAACUCAUCGCAUUGCUAGUCAAACACUCUGGCGAUUCCACCAACUCUUCUACCAAGAUAAACUUGUUGAACAAAGUGCUGGGCAUUGUGGCGGGAGUGCUGCUUCAAGACCAUGAGAGUCAUCAACUAGAGUUCCAGCAGCUACCGUACCAUCGUAUCUUUAUAAUGCUCUUCUUGGAACUCAACGCACCUGAACCCAUCUUGGAGGCUAUCAACUACCAGGUAUUGACAGCAUUCUGCCACACUCUACAUAUCCUCCGACCUGCCAAGGCUCCGGGCUUCUCAUACGCUUGGCUAGAACUGGUCAGCCAUAGAGUGUUCCUUGGCAGACUCCUGGUGGUGACUCCGCAACAGAAGGGCUGGUCCAUGUACGCUCAGCUGUUAGUAGACUUGUUCAGAUACUUGGCACCUUUCCUGCGCAACGCAGAGCUUGCCAAGCCAGUCACUCUGUUGUACAAAGGAACUCUGCGUGUUUUGUUGGUGCUGCUACAUGACUUCCCCGAGUUCUUGUGUGAUUACCACUACGGUUUCUGUGACGUCAUACCUCCCAACUGUAUUCAGAUGCGCAACCUUAUUUUGUCGGCUUUCCCGAGAAACAUGAGACUGCCGGAUCCUUUCACUCCUAAUCUGAAGGUGGAUAUGCUCCCAGAGAUCAGUCUGGCUCCUAGAGUUCUCACCAACUAUGUCUCAACAAUUCAACCAGUCACAUUCAAGAAGGACCUGGACUCGUAUCUGAAGCUGAGAGCUCCGGUAACGUUUCUGUCAGAGCUUCGCAGUAACUUGCAAGUGUCCAAUGAGCCUGGCAUGCGCUACAACAUCCCUCUGAUGAACGCUCUGGUGUUGUACGUCGGAGUCCAAGCUAUCAGUCACAUCCGCAGCAAGGGACUGACUCCUAACAUGACCACCAUCGCACACUCCUCACACAUGGACAUCUUCCAGAACUUGGCUGUCGACUUGGAUACUGAAGGCCGCUACCUGUUCUUGAACGCCAUCGCCAAUCAGCUGCGCUACCCCAACAGCCACACUCACUACUUCAGCUGCACUCUUCUCUACUUGUUUGCUGAGGCCAACACUGAAGCCAUUCAGGAGCAAAUCACUCGGGUUCUGUUGGAGAGAUUGAUUGUAAACAGACCUCACCCAUGGGGAUUGUUGAUCACAUUCAUAGAACUGAUAAAGAAUCCUUCAUACAAGUUUUGGAACCACGAGUUUGUGCAUUGUGCUCCAGAAAUCGAGAAGCUGUUCGAGUCAGUAGCUAGAUCUUGUAUGGUCCAGAAACAUGUGCAAGCUCCGGCUGAAAAUGAACUAACUGAAUUGCAGAACCUGAACAAUCAAACAGCUUUCUCUGUCGCCUAAAGUGUAAAAGCUUAUCAAAAUCUAACUUAAAAGUCAUCAUUGUUAUUUUAUUUGUUUUGAUUUAAACCAAGUUUUAGUUACAUAAUAUCAACAAUUUUAUUUUUUUAAUGUGUUACAUUUCCCAUAGUGUAGUUACAUAGUGUGUUAAGUGUGCCUUUUUUGUUAUUUUUGAAAGGGCUCUAGUACAAUAAUAUUGUUCAUUACCUGUGAUGGAUCACAGUCGAUUGUCAAGUGAAGAUACCCAAUAUAUUUAGAGAGAAGUUAAUUUAAAUCAAAAACUUGAGGAUAAUAUGUCCUCCUCUUCCCAUGUCACUGUAAUUUGUGAUCAUCGUGGUUUUAAAACUAGUACAUGAUGCACAAAAUGUAUUUUUCCCGAGAAGGUGAAUCAUGUCCUGUGAAAUAUGUAUGUAUAAUUAAAUUCUUGUAAAUGUAUUUCUGUAAUAAACUUCGUAUUUAAAUUA